AUGGCACUCAGGGACCCCGAGAAGCAGGCGGAUGGGGACCCGGAGGAGGACACAGCCACGGCCCUCCAGAGGCUCGUGGAGCUGACGGCCACCAGGGUGACCCCAGUGAGGACUCUGCGUGUCCAGUAUCGCCUCAUCCAAAAGCUGGGCUCCGGCUCCUACGGCCACGUGCUCCUUGCCCGGCCUCGCCAAGGGGGUCCGGCUGUGGCUCUGAAGCUCUUACCUCGGGACUCGGUCCUGAGAACCACCUUCCUGAGAGAGUUCUGUGUGGGCCGCUGUGUCUCAUCACAUCCAGGCCUGCUCCAGACUCUGGCGGGACCCCUGGAGACCCCCCGACACUUCGCCUUUGCCCAGGAGUAUGCGCCCUGUGGGGAUCUCAGCGGGAUGCUGCAGGAACGGGGCCUCCCAGAGCUGCUGGUGAAGCGGGUGGUGGCCCAGCUGGCUGGAGCCCUGGACUUCCUCCACAGCCGGGGGCUGGUCCACGCGGACGUCAAGCCAGACAACGUGCUGGUCUUUGACCCUGUCUGCAGCCGUGUGGCCCUGGGUGACCUGGGUCUGACCCGGCCUGAGGGCAGUCCAACCCCUGCCCCCCCAGGGCCACUGCCCUCCGCCCCACCCGAGCUCUGCCUCCUGCUACCCCCUGCCACCCUGCCACUGCGCCCAGCAGUGGACUCCUGGGGGCUGGGGGUGCUUCUCUUCUGCGCGGCCACUGCCUGUUUCCCUUGGGACGUGGCGCUGGCCCCUGACCCCGAGUUCGAGGCCUUUGCUGGCUGGAUGACCAGCAGGCCCCAGCCGCCUCAACCACCCCCUCCUUGGGACCAGUUCGCGCCCCCGGCUCUGGCACUGCUCCAGGGGCUUCUGGACCUGAAUCAUGAGACCAGAAGCGCCCCACUGGCUGUCCUGGAUUUCCUGGGGGAUGACUGGGGGUUAAAGGGGAACAAAGAGAGACCUGGGGGCUUGGGGAAUACGUCCAGCGAAGAUAGGGAGGGGGAGGAGGAGGGGGGAGCAAGCCUGGAAGAGUGGUCCGAGGAGGAGGAGGACCAUGACAAAGGUGGCGGGAGGAUGGGGACAGAUGGGGGAGAGCCCUGACCAGGUGCCUGGGACAGGUGGCUGGAGCCUGGGCCAACGGCCCCUCCCCCAGCCCCCAUGGCCACCUGGAUGGAGAGACAGCUGCUUCCGGGAGGACAGAGAUGGAACACAUUACAUCUCUCCCAGCUGAAGGCUGGACUUAGGUUCACAAUUCCCCUCUCAACUGAGGUCCUGGGAGUCCCGAACCCCCAGUACCUCCUCCCUCAGACCUAGGGGUCCAAAGCCCGACCUCUCCUUCAGACCCAGGAAUUCAGACCCCCAACUCCUCCUCCCUCAGACCCAGUGGUCUUAGCCCCCUUCUCUCUCAAGGACCCUUCCUUUCCCUUCUGUCCAGGACAUGUCUUCUUGAAGGAAGGUUCUAUUACCCCUGUAGAUGCAUUUCUGCCCUGUGGGGACACGUUGGGUGUUUAUGGACUUCUGAUA